GGUGGCAGCAGCGACGACACCAACAAGCCAGGUGUCAGCUGUUGGACUAGAGGGUGUGUGACGCAUCAAGUUAGCUCCAGAUUUUUACUCAUUUAUACACAAUGUCAUCUGCCGAGGAAAUCGAAGCGAAGGCUGGACACCCUCCUGCAAUGAAAGUUGGUGGGGUGCGCAUCCCCCAACGGCGAAGGAGUGCAGAGGAGAAGGAGGGAACCCCACCAAAGCCAAGGAAGGACAGUGAAGAUGGAGAAGAGGAUGAGACAUUGGUGGCCAAGAGUCCUCCGAGGGCUCCGGUUGUUGUAUCUGGUGUAGUUGGUAAAGUGGAAAGAGACUUUCCCACAGCUGCAGUGAAGCACACCCACGAAAAGCCCGUGCCCACCCAUGAUGAACGUGCAGGCUAUAACACCAAGCCGCCUUUCAUCCAGCAGCCCAGGAAGUAGACUAGUGAAAUAAUCAUUGAACAUGUGUGCCCAUGCUAUUUAGGAGAUUUAAAGCUAUCUCCUAGUUGAAUAUGGUCAGAAGAUUAUAGCUAUGUUGGGGUUAAGUUUUGUAGGUAAUAAGGACUGAAAUAUUUGAGUGGUGAUGGAAGAUAUGCAGUACAGAUAUUAAGGAAAGGAACUUGGAAAGGGUAAUGCGUAUUUAGCGUUCUUGAAUGAUUUACGUGUUCCCUGAAACAACUGUAGAUCCACCCUUCAUAACCUUACUACUCGCUCAAAUAUUCAGGGUAAGAAUCGCCAUGUGCUUAGAAGGUAUUGUUGGGGGAAUAGUGAUUUAAUGAAUAUGAUUUGUUAUAGCUUACAUCACGUAUUAUCUUCAUGAAGGACUAACCAGCCUGGCAUCUCAGGAGUGGCAGUUGGGGUGUGGCAGUGGCAGUUGGGGUGUCGUACUUAAUAUUGCAGUAAAUAAUGUGACUUUCAAGAAGUACAAAUAUACUGUGGUUGUGUGAUAAUUAAAAGAAACAGCAUAACUGGCAAAUUGCUUACUUUUUCUUUAAGAUAAAAUUCCUACUUCAGUGCAAUUUUGCAUGGUGCACAUAUUAGUUAGCAAUAAAAUUAUAUUAGAUUAUUAGUUACAGAAAUUCAGUUGAUGAGGUUACAAAUUAAUGUGGGUAGAAGUUUAAUAAUCAUGUGUUGUAUAUUCAUAAAAUUCAAUUGGAGAUGCAUGUUUCAUUUUAAGAUCCAGUUCAGUAUACUGGCUGUUGGUGCCUAGUUUAAAUAGCAUACACUACAAUGGUAAGAAGUUUAUUAGUUUUUAAUCUGCAUUGUAUUUGCAGUUUGAUUCAGCUCAUACCACAUAAAAAAGAAGGUAAAUGGCCUUAGCUACAUCUUUGUUCCAGUGUCAUUCCAGCAGAGACCAGAAAUACAGUAUGAUUUAAGUUAUAUACGUACUUGGGCUGUGACAAAUGUAAUAGACAGUUCUUUUCAUGUUUGGAUAGCUGUGAUAAUGUUAUCAGGUCUUAUAUUGUGCCCUCGUAGCUGGUGAUGUGUUACCGAUCUCUUGCAUGUACUGCCAGUCUACUGCCACUUGGGCUAAAUGCUAGAAAGACUUUUGACAGUUUUACAUUUUCAUUUAUGUUUUGAAUGAAAUGGUCAAAGGAGGACUUUCAAUGACUAUGUUCACUAAAUAUACUUGAUUAAACAUUGUUAUCUAUAUACUGUAUAAUUUAAUUGUUUUACUGUAUUAAACUUGAAUGAUAAUGGUCUAAUGCCUGAUGAAGUUCAUGGUUAUUUACUGAACAUACAGUACAGUACUAUUGUUUUGAGAUUUUGUUUCCAAUAAAAAAAUUCUUCUGGUUGAAGAAUAUUUAAACAUUCAUGAUGUUUUUUGUUUUUGUUUUUUUAACAACAAAAACUGUGAUUGGCCGGUGUCCAUAAGACGUGUAUAGUAUCAAGCUCAAAGGUAUCUUUUGAUAGAAAUAUUACACCUUGUAACAGUUACAUACAAACUUGUACUGUAUCUGUGUUCCAGAUUAGUACUUGGAUAAAGUACUAUACUGUACACAGCUGAGUAUACCAUUAGUGUCACUUUCUUUGGCAGGUCAUGUGCUAUUCUUGGUAUCACAUUUAAGAUUGAUUAUACCUGUAGUGUUGGCAAAAAUUUUUGGUACAAAGGUCAUUUAAUGUGAAACUGGCAAGAAAACUUGACUUGAAGGUGCUUAACAUGGAAGGCAGUAGCCAUCAGUAUGAACUGUAGCCUUCAGAUGACCAGUCUGAAAUUGUCUGUGCAGUUUUAAAUCUUAUACUUUCACAAUUAGGGAAAUUUGAAUUAAGUCCUCAUUAUAUAGGAGUGAGUAAGGAAAAAAAGGUUUUUGUACAAUAAUGAUCCCCUCAAAAUAGGUGGUUCUAGUAGUAAAGUUGCAUUUUUUUUUACAUGUAAUUAAAGUCAUCAUCUAGUUUUGAUCAUUCCAUUAUGCUGAAGGUCAAGUGCAAAACAAAAACAUUUGUAGUAGUACUGUAUGUAAUUGGGCGCAUUACCGACCACCACCAUACAUUUCACACUAUCCACAAAGAGGAACAUUUAUCAUCCAUCUCAUAAUCCCCACAAAAACCACAAACCAUACCCCAGUCCAGUCUAGAUAUAAAGUACAUGUACCGUAAUGUAAGAAUCGUUACUGCGGUCAUUGGUUUCAUUCUAGUUAACUGUACUAGACUUGAGUAAUGAUUAAGUGUGAAUUACGUUCAUGUUUACGUAGUGUGCAAUUUACCUAGUCUAGCUUUUUUUUUUUUUUUUCCUUUUUUGGUCAUAGCUAGUCAUCGGUCCUAUAGAUGAAUUUUUUAGGGAAUACAGUAUAAUUGCUCUGCUACACAUUUGGGAAAAUUCCUUAACCAGGACUAUUUUUUGGUAUUUGUUUUGCUUUUAGAUAUACAUUUAUAUUUAGCAUUAAGGUUUUUUUUUCUUUUGGGUAACAGGCAUAGGAAAUAUUUUUUCCUACUGUAGAUUUUGCAGUCAUGUUUUGUCUCUUAAGAAUAUGAUGACAUUUGGUGUGAAAUUAAAUUGCUGUAUUGAAGUGCAUUCAAGCUAUAUUGAAAACUGUCUGCUUAAGAAUAUUUCAGUACAGUGAUACAAUGUGUUUCCAUUGGAUGAGUAGCUCUUCCACAGCUUUCAGUUAAGUGUUUACUGUGAAAUACAAAGUAAAAACUUUACAUCAGAGUAUGAUCUGUUGUCCUGUAACAUAACAUCAGAGUACAAUCUGUUGUCUUGUAACAUACAUCAAGAGUACAAUCUGUUGCCCUGUAACACUGAGGUUAUGAUAGCUAUCUGUUUUGAGAUGUGCUGCUGUUAAAGCAAGAAGGGAUUUUAUUCUAUCAAGUUGUUUGGGAAAAAUUGCAAGUAAAAAUGUUUAAUAAAAAUUAGAUAUUUAA